GAUACUUGCUUACGCCAGCGAAAGCUACUGACUGGACGUUCUGGAUCGUUUCAAAUCAAGGGAAUGUCUCUUGCUUUAGGGACUGGAAACAACUUGUUGCGCUAAUUCAGCUCCUUGCAAAAUAGCGAGAUAUCUCAGGACAACUGUUGACCAGCUAAAUUAAAGCUAACUGGUUAAAUUGACCAAGUUACCUUUCCGAACUAUUUCUCGACAUUCAAAUAUAGGAGAACGGGACAAUUUACCAUCAACUCUUCGGCUAAAAUGAACAGCUACGGAACCAAAGCAGAUAUGGUCCCCGAAGUAACGGCCGCAGUGAAUUUCCUCUCAAGACUGCUAAAAACAAGGGGAUUUCUAAGUGAGCAGCAACUUCAGGUUUUCAGGGACUGCCUAAAACAAGCACUCUCAGAGCACUACAAGCACCACUGGUUUCCAGACAGACCUCAGAAGGGGUCUGGCUAUCGAUGCAUCCGGAUAAAUCACGAGAUGGAUCCCAUUAUAGGCAAGGCUGCUUGUCGAAUUGGACUGUCUAGUGAGCAACUUUUCGCUCUCCUUCCCCGAGAGCUAACGCUUUGGGUGGACCCUUACGAGGUGUCCUACCGCAUCGGAGAGGAUGGCUCCAUUUGUGUGUUGUACGAGGCUGAGGCACCCGUUCAAAAUUCUACGUCCAACAACCGCGAUGGCUCGCCAUUCGAUUCAGCAUUGAACUGUAAGAAUCGUUUUCUCCUGAGUGGCCGUAGCAGCCCCCCAAAAAACUACCUGAUGACGGUGUCAAGCUAAUGAGCGCGACUACCUUGGAGGAGCACCGAAGACUGGCUUUGCGUGCAUCGGGUUGAUGGUUGUCAACUACCCAUGGUAUACUGAUGAACUUUAUGGAGACCGGGCAUUUCAAAAUAUCUCCACCAUAAUGGGAGUUAGUUAAUAUUUAAUUGGACAUAGAAUAUCUGAAGCACUGCCUAUGAUUAACAUACCCAUUUUGAUCAUUGCUGAAUUGCUGGACCAGACACAUGUAGUUUCAUUGCACUGUUACCUUCUCAUUAUUGUACCGAGUGCAUAUGUACUUGGUGCACUGAAAUAAGUUUAGGGUAUAAUUCAGUGGACACAAACCCUGGUGCUGUCAGAGUUUGUCAUUGUGCAAUAAUACUUCACAUCACUAACAAGAAUGUGAAACAAUCAAAACUGGUGUGAAGCAGUUAGGAAACCCAAACUUGUUUAAUUACAUUUGUAAUCCCCAUUUAUUGCACAACAUUACCCCUUUUGUGGUAUGAUGCACAGCUGGUUUAGUCUGGGACCCUUUUUUCUUGUAACACUGCCUUUCCAGUUGUGCUGCCUUAACAAUGGUGUCACCACCCCCUUAAAGAGCAUUACUGCCAAACUCUUAGUCUUAUUGUGCAAUAUCCAGGGUGCUCCAAAAUUGGGUUUAAGUUCCACAGUUUUUAGUUUGAAACAUUGAUAAAUGAAUAUCGAAAAACCUACACCCCAAAAGCUUUACUUCCAGUGUUUGGGGAGGUAUGACUUCACUUAAGUGAAUGUUUUAAUGGUAGCUAACUUUGAAAGGUCCCUCCUCCCAAGGUUCAUAGCCAUUUUUGGUGAAUAAGCUGUGAGGUGGUUGGCUGGUGUCAUGCCUGUGUUCACUGCCAGUAUAAGGCUCUCAAUCUCUGUAGCAUUCUCUACUUUGAGCUGUUGAGCAGCUUGUUUGUUUACUCUUUUUAGACAGAGAAAAUGUAGUUUGUAAGCUAUUUGAAGCACAGUAUGCUUUUAAUGUACAUUUUUAAUGAAUUUGUGCAUAUAUAGAUAACUGUACAGUUUUUCCAAUUUUUAUUACAAUAAAACUUUAUGAAUGAAG